AUGGAUAUCGAUAAGUUGGCCAAGUCACUAUUCAAUGGAGAAGAUCAACCAUUGAAUGAUAAUAUUAAGAACUUGAAGGUUAAAUCAAUUCAAGAAUCAUUGAUAUCAUCAAGUUCUCAAUUUGCUAAGUUUGUUGAAUAUCUGAGGUCAACUGAUGGAUUGAUAAAUAAUGAGUUUAGGUCGAAAAUUUGGCCUAUACUUUUAGGAAUUAAUGAUGAGAAUGGUGGUGAAGUUUCUCAUGAGUUACUACUGUCUAAUACAACUUUGAAUACAAUCUCAGCUUCUUUCUUCCUCGAAGAUUUAAAUACUAAUGAUUUACUACCUCAUAAGGAUGAAGAUCAAGUAAAAUUAGAUAUUCAAAGAUCUUUCACUAUUUUAAAUCAUAUACAAUCCCUACAAUCUCAAUUACAAAAUGAAUCAUAUACGACGAUUUUCUCUCCAUCAGAUAUGAAUGAUCUUAAGAAGAAAUUACUGAAUUUGAUAAUUAAAAUAUUAAGAAAAUAUCCUACUUUACAUUAUUAUCAAGGAUUUCAUGAUAUUGCCAGUAUAGUAUUAUUAAUUUGUCAUACUCAUAAUGAAGAUGACCCUCAAAAUGAUUAUUAUAUAAAUGAAGAGUUAGCAUUUAAAUUAUUAGAAAGAUUAACAGUAUUUCAUUUACGUGAUUUUAUGAUUAAUGAUAUGAAUCUCACUAUAAAUCAUUUAAAAUUAAUUCCUACAUUAUUAGAAGUGGUUGACCCUCAACUCUUUGAAUUAAUUAAACAAACAAGUAAUCAAUACAUUCAAACAGGUGGUAUACUGUAUGAUUAUAGCUUUUAUCAAAGUAUUUCUUGUAUUCUAACUAUGUUUAGUCAUGAUAUUUCCAAUAUUCAACAUAUCUUGAUAAUAUGGGACUUUGUUUUUAGUUAUAAUUCCAUCUUAAUUAAUCCCUAUAUCUAUGCAGCUGCUUUAAUUCAUUUUAAAGAUGAUAUAUUCUUAAAAUUGAAUGUAAUUAUUGAGGAUGAUGAUACAGAUUUUUCAAAUGUCGAUUCAGAUAUCGUCCAUACUUUAACAUCACCUAAUUCAUUAUUUGAUGGUUUAACUGAUGAAGAUCUUAUUAAGAUUCUUAAUAAGGCCAAAUCGUUACUUGAAGCUUAUUCUAUUGAUGAAGUAAAGAAUUCAGCCUCGAAUUUCGAUAUAUGGUUUAAACAUUUUAAUCCUAAUUCAGUCUUAUUGACAUCUUCAAGUAUUAAAUUUGAUAAUUCCUAUAAACGUGAACAUUUUGAUCAAUGGUUAAUUGGUAGUAAUUCAUUCAGUGAACUUAUUCAACUACAAGAAGAUGAAAUUGCUAAACAAACCGUUCAUGAUUUAGAAGUUAGUCGUCGUAUAGUUGAACAACAAGAAGAAUUAUCGAAUUCCCUUAUUUCAGAAACAGAUUUCGAUUCGAAUUCUCAUCUGUUAUCAUCAUCAUUAAGCUUGACAUCAACAUCUUCAUCUACUAUUAAUACUAAAAUCACUUCAUCAGCAUUGUUUAAGAAAUUAUUUAAACUUGAUCAUUCAACAAGACCUACUAGACCCACUACCCCAUUAUCAGAUAAGGAUGAAAAUAAGAAAUUAAUUAAUAGAAAUAAGGAUACUCAUCUUAUCUUCAAUAAUAUUUAUAAGAUUAGUUUCACUAUAGGAUUUAUUGGAUUUCUAAUUCAUUUUCUCCUUAUUAAAAAUAAUCCUACCAUAUAUAACAAUGGAUUAUAUAAGAUGUUUAGUAGUAGUGUUUCAUCACCAAUGAAAAAAAUUGGUGAAUCAAUCAUUAAGAAUGAACCUAUUCAUACUAUUACAUCUGAAAUCUCUAAUAUGAGUGCUGAUAUAAUCAGUGAUGUUGGAAUUGCCUUUUAUGAUGUAUGCACAUUUGUUAAAAACUCUGAAUUCGUUAGUCAUGGUAUAAGUUUAAGCCAAGUAGGUUUAGGAGGUAUAAGAAACACUCUAUUUGGAGCUGUUUCAUGA